GACAAUUUAAAUUUUAGGCUUGUCACGCGACGCGAAAAGGCUUCUACAUUAAGGAAGCGAAACGGUUCAAGCUAGUGCGGGUUCACAUAGCUUCUGGCAAACGAUCGCCUGUGAUCAGCUUCACCUGCUAGACUAGAAGUGCCGGUUGGUUUUGGGAGCGAUUGUUUGAGUUUGGGCUGCAUCCUCAAAUCCAUGCCGUAUCUGAUCUGCACUGCACUGGCUUUUUAGAUUCCGACAACUUGUCCUCAACUUGUAACCGAAAACGGCGAUGCUGGUCCGAACACAUCAGAUCAUUGACUGAUUGGCGACCACUCGACAUCCCACACACGGCCCUAUCGACCCUACAAUAUGGCCGACGACACAGCCCCGCUUGCCUCGCUCUCCCUCACCCAUGUCUUCUACGACCCGACCGACCCCGUCUCGUACGUCUGCGCAUGGCUAGCCCUCGCCCCUCAGGCAUUAUGUGUCGUCUACGUCACGCUGAUCUGGUCCUCGCGCGAGGCCGAGGUGGCGCUCCUGUUCGCCGGCCAACUCGCCUGCGAAGCUAUCAACUUUGCCCUCAAGCGACUGAUCAAAGAGGAGCGCCCCCGGCGCAUCCACGGUAAAGGGUACGGCAUGCCGUCGUCGCACGCCCAGUUCCUCGCCUUCUGGGCCGUCAGCCUGGCCCUGUUUCUGCUCGUCAGGCAUCGCCCCAAGGCGCACAAGGUCAAGAAGCAAGGCCAUAGUGGCGACGGCAGCGACAAAAAAGAAACGGCCAAGGCGUCACCCGCCCCGGCUUGGGAUAUUUGGCAGCUCCAGGAGCUGUAUGGUGUCGAUCGGUACCCACACCGGCCGUGGUCCAUGCCCGAGCGGCUUGCGGUGUCGGCCAUGGGGUUCGUCCUCGCCGGCGUGGUGGCUUGGAGUCGCGUCUACCUGGGCUACCACACGCCGAAGCAGGUCUUUGUCGGCCUCUCUGCCGGGUGCAUUAGUGCCAUUGGUUGGUUCGUCGCAACGGAAGUCGCGAGGCAGACUGGCCUGCUGGAGUGGGUUCUCUCGCUACCUGCUGCUCGCUGGUUCCGGCUGCGUGACCUGGUGGUUGAGGAGGACAUUUGCCAGGCUGGGUGGGAGAAGUGGGAACAGAGGAGACUCGCCCUCGCGGUCGCUGCCGGUAAAUCAGCCACGGCUGAUGAUUCCACGACUGCAAAUGAUAAGAAAAAAUCAUGAUGACGUUUUGUCAAGAAAAUACCACGCUGGAAUUUUCAGCAUUAGCAGGUUCCAUAUGGAAUCAGCUGUGGCUGUGAUGAGGCUGCUAAAGUACAGUCACGGCUAGUCCCUCAAUUCGAUUCACGAUGAGGCUCACUCGCAUAACCGAAGAAUCGGGAAUCUAUCCGGACCACUCUUUUCCGUGCCACACAAAUCGGUAGUCUUGGAAGUCACAAUCUAGACAAGACCUUGGCCUUCUGGCUGAGCCUAACCUGGAUCAAUUUGUCACCUGCGUCUGACUCUUUUGUUCCAAGAGAUUAAAUCUGCGCACACGAGUGUUAUGGGCAAGUGUGAAUUCGACACGGAAUCGCUUGUGGUCGAGAAAGAAGACUUUUGGAACCUAUUCAAAGCCAAUAGCGUAGCUGGCUCCUUCAAGUCUAAAUACCUUCGUUGUGGGGAUUAUCGUGACUUUCCAGAAUGUGGUUGUGAAUCUGUCUAUACUUGUGGUGGUUAUUGUUUGGCAGUGCUCUGUCAAAGGAACCCAUAGAUGUCAUUUCACGCAUCGGGAUUGUCUUGUCUAGGUUAGGUAGUCUCUGUCGGCGUUGUCAAAUAGAACUUUUUGAACCUGUUACCGUAAUAGCG